AAGAUGGUGGCGCUCGCAACAAUGUCUACCUUUUUUCAUAUCCUGAACAAGUGGGCUACCGAUGUGAGGAUAGCAAUCACUAUCUUCUGGGUUGUUUCCUGUGGGCUAUUAGUUUACCGUUUGUUAAAGCCUCGAAGAAUUUUCAUGGUGGGAUUUUCCUGCUUCAAGCCUGCAGAUGACAUGAAAUGCAACUACGAACUCUUACAGUAUUUGGCAAUGAGGACUGAAAAGUUCAGUGACAAGAGCGUAGAGUUUAUGAAGAAUAUUUACCUGAAAUCAGGCAUUGGCGAGGAAACAUACUUUCCACCCUUCUUCUUCAAAGAGGAUCCAGUGGAAACUCUGGAAGCAGCUCGAGAGGAAGCAGAAAUAGUCAUUUUUGGGGCAGUGGAUGAGGUGUUUGAGAACACCGGCUUAAGGGGCAAAGAUAUCGACGUAGUGGUGGUCGCAUGUAGCAUGUACAGCGCAUCCCCAUCUCUCGCUGCCCUGCUCGUUUACCGCUACGGUAUGAAAGAGGACGUCAAAAUCCUGAAUUUUGCCGGCAUGGGGUGCAGCUCUGGUGUCAUAGCAAUUCAAACAGCCAGUGACUUGCUUAGAACAUGUUCUAGAAGUGGGUAUGCUCUGGUUGUCAUAACGGAGAAUAUUACUCUCAAUACUUAUUAUGGUGAGAACAGAUCCAUGCUUGUCACCAACUCUAUUUUUAGAGUGGGUUGCUCUGCUGUAGUAUUGUCUAGCAGGGCAGGGGAUAGAAGCCGGUCUAAGCUGGAGCUUCUUCAGACUCUGCGAACCCACAGAGGGGCAGAUGAUAAGUCUUACCGGGCAGCAUUCCAGGAGGAGGAUGAAGAUGGCCAUGUGGGUAUAUCGCUUACCAAGGAUCUUAUCAGAGUGGCCGGUGAAGGCCUCCAUGAUCAUAUCAGAUCUUUGGCUCCGAUGGUUCUGCCAUAUUCAGAGCAGCUGAAAUAUGUGUUGUCUCUUGUGGGUAUUUAUUUUCUGAGCAUGGAGAUUAAGCCUUACGUUCCAGAUUUUCGUCAGGCUUUUGACCAUUUCUGUAUUCACACCGGUGGAAAGGCCGUGAUAAACAAGAUCAGUGGAAGCCUACGGCUGAGUGAGUAUUUGGUCGAGCCUGCGCGCAUGGUUCUGCAUAGGUUUGGCAAUACCUCGAGCAGCUUGGUGAUGUAUCAGUUGGCUUAUUUUGAAGCCAAGAAGCGGAUCAAGAAAGGAGAUAAAGUGUGGAUGAUUGCAUUUGGUACUGGAUUCAAAUGUAAUUCCAUUGUUUGGAAGGCUCUUUGUGAUUUGGGUCCUUCUCAGAGUGGGAAUCCCUGGGUUGAUGUUGUUCACCGAUACCCAGUUUGUUGAUUUUGUUGGAUUCCUGUGAUCUUCCGUGGAUACCCAGUUUGUUGUUCGUUUGAUAUGUCUUGAUUUAAUCCGUAAUUGAAGCCAAUAAUUUUGCUGUC